GAGUGGAAAUGUGGCAACAGGAGAAUGGAACCAACGCAAAGAGUUGAAAAGAAAUUGCGGACUGUUGCAUUAUACAAAGUUCUUUGUUUUUUUUGUAUAUAAUAUUCGUAAGUCAUAUACAUUUAUGUAUUUUUUUAUCAUAUGAUUUCUUGUCUGGAAUAUGCUUGUGUUACUGUUAUAACCAAUCUCUGUGUCUCUCUUGCCCGGCUUUGCGCUUUUUCUCUGUUUCAGACUGCCCAUCCUGCCCAUUCUUGAACACUUUCCCACCACCUCUCCCACCCCUCUCUCUCUCUCUCUCUCUUAAACCUGCUUUUUGACUAAAUUUCACAACUGGGUAUCACUGAUUUUCACUAGUAAUCCAUUUUUUCCUUUUGUUUUUUUAUGGGUUCAAAUGAUUUGAAGUGAGAUGCUCUGAAAUGGGUUCUCUUUGUUGUUAUUAGUUUUGGAGCUUUUCUUUUAAUUUUUUGUGGAGAUGGGUUUGGGUCCGGAUUCUAUAAAAGUGAAGAAUUUGGAAGAUAAAUCAAAGAGCAAGAAGAAGAAGAAAGAUGAGGGGCGUAGAAAGGAGGAGGAAAUUGGGUGUUGGGCUAAAUUCAGGUUGAUGGGAGGUUGCAUGCCUAAAAGAUCAAAAGUUGAUAGCUCUCUUAGCGGAAUCACCACUCAGUAUGUGGAAUCUAAAUCUACAGAUGAGAAGAGCAAAGACCAACCAGUUAUUCCUGUGGUGUCCCCUCCAACUAGUAAUGGAGAAAGUGCAUCAUCCACUCCCAAAUUCAGUGAGGAACUGAAGCUUGCAUCUCAGCUUCGGAAGUUUACAUUCAACGACCUUAAACUAGCGACUAGGAAUUUUAGGCCUGAGAGUCUUCUUGGGGAGGGUGGCUUUGGUUGUGUCUUUAAAGGAUGGGUUGAGGAGAAUGGAACUGCCCCUGUGAAACCUGGCACAGGGCUUACAGUUGCAGUGAAAACCCUCAACCAUGAUGGACUUCAGGGUCAUAAGGAGUGGCUUGCUGAAGUGAACUUUCUUGGCAACCUUCUCCAUCCCAAUUUGGUUAAAUUGAUUGGUUAUUGUAUUGAAGAUGAUCAGAGAUUGCUGGUGUACGAGUUUAUGCCAAGAGGAAGUUUGGAGAAUCACCUUUUCAGGAAAGGGUCCUUGCCUCUUCCUUGGUCUAUCAGAGUGAAAAUUGCACUUGGUGCUGCAAAAGGUCUUGCUUUCCUUCAUGAAGAGGCUGAAAGAUCGGUGAUAUAUCGUGAUUUUAAAACAUCUAAUAUCUUAUUAGAUGCGGAUUACAAUGCCAAACUCUCUGAUUUUGGACUUGCCAAAGAUGGUCCCGAGAGUGGCAAAACUCAUGUAUCUACAAGAGUAAUGGGAACAUAUGGCUAUGCUGCGCCAGAAUACGUGAUGACUGGACAUUUGACCUCAAAGAGUGAUGUCUACAGUUUUGGAGUAGUUUUACUUGAAAUGCUGACUGGCCGAAGAUCUAUGGACAAAAAUCGCCCAAAUGGGGAGCACAACCUUGUUGAAUGGGCAAGACCUCUUUUUGGAGAUAGGAGAAGGUUCUACCGGUUAUUAGACCCUCGUCUAGAAGGUCACUUUUCAAUCAAAGGUGCUCAGAAAGCCAUACAACUGGCUGCCCAGUGUCUUAGUCGUGAUCCCAAAGCUAGACCUCGAAUGAGUGAAGUUGUUGAAACACUAAAGCCUUUGCCCAACUUGAAGGAUAUGGCUAGCUCUUCCUACUAUUUCCAGGCAAUGCAAGCGGAUGCUAACAAGUCAAGUGUGCAUAAUACAAAUGGCAUCAGAACACAAGGAGGAUUUAUAAAAAGGAAUGGACAACCAUUGAGGAGCUUAUCCAGUCUGAGCGAUUCUCGUGCUUCUCCAUAUAACCAGCCAUACCAAUCACCAAAACCUAAUGGGAAAAAAUCAUAGCCCUAUAAUCGUGUGCAUGUAUGUAUAUCUUCAAUUGGCUGCUUUUUAUCAGUAGCUUCAUCAGUCACAUAUGUUUAAGUAACAGAAAUAGCAGAGCGUGGUUCCAUCAUUUUUCUGGGGAGAGAUGAUUUUUUGUUAUCCAUCUUUUACACUUGAAUGGUGAAAUUCUGGAACAAGGCUCCUCAACUUAUACAGUGCCAUUGUGGUAUGUAACCAUCAAAUCAAAGAGACCCAUAUGCUUUACUUCCUGUUUGAUUACUUUCUCUUAUGAAUUGUUUGUUGAGAUAUUGAACUAGUAUUGGAGAUUGAGAAGAUAUUGGGAAAUAUGACAAGGGCUACAUGUAGUGAGAUUUGGGAGGUGAAGGUGUGACAGCCAUUGUUAAGCUUUGAGUUAUAGUAAAGGUGGAUGAGAAGGAAUUUUUAUUUGGUUUUUGAUGUCAUCAUCCAAGGAUGCUGCUUUUCAUCCCCCUCUCCACCUUUGCAAUAACCUCUCUUCUUUUUCUAUUUUUAAGCUAAUUGUUGUUUCUGUACAAAUGGGUAUCUCUCUACUAUGCAAUGAUGUAAAUCAAUGGUAUCUUCAAACGUGGGUCUUUAAACCAUGUAUCUCCUCGUACUUUGAGAAAGAAAGAAGAGGGUGAUGGAUAUUUUUCCUUCUUCAAUUGACAGC